AGAUGGCGUCCACAAUAACGGCAGGGCCACAAUCUGUGGAAUUAUCUCGGCUUCCUCUACCUCAGCUGGACAACUUCAAAGCUGUACUUGACGAGGAGAUAAGGAUUCUAUCAGAAUCAGCAAGUCAGCUGAAAAUUGCUCAGCAGAAGUUUGUUGACUCAAGGGAAGCCAUUAAGAAGCUUCAUGAAAAGAAAGGUACUGAAGUGUUGGUACCUUUGACUGCAUCUCUCUAUGCUCCGGGACAUUUAGAGGGGACUGAUAAUGUUUUAGUUGAUAUUGGUACUGGCUAUUUUGCAAGCAAGUCUUUGGAAGGAGCUGAAAAAUACUUUGAAAGAAAAAUAGAAUACCUUACCAAACAGAUUGAAAAAAUUCAACCAGGACUAAUCGAAAAGCACAGAAUACGACAAGCCGUCAUAGACACGAUGUCUGCUAAAGUGAAAGCAGCUCAGAUGACGAAUCAGGUGCCAAUAGCAAAGGCAUAAAAACAUAACGUAACAUAAAAGCAUAAUUAUGAAAACUACUUCUUAGGCCUCUUGCGGGCUUGUUUCAAGGACUUACCGAGUACGAUAACGUGACUCAAGAUGAAUAUAAAGCCCAUUGAAACAUUGUUGCGGAAGCAUUUGUGGCUCGCGAUAACUCCCCAAAUGUUUCCCUGUUUGCCCCCUCGUCGAAACAUCAUUUCGGAAACAAAACUUGAUCUUCAGGAAGCUAAAAUGUUUCCUAUCAAAUACAGAAACAUUUCAA